UAUUUUGUACUAAAUCACUACUAAAUUUCAGAUUGCACAGCUUUUGUGUUAAGCGAGUGCUUUUCUGGAAUAGCAAAAUUAUUCAUAUACCGUUCAAAGAAAAGGUGUAUCUUUUCCAAAUUCAAAUAUAGUUCUAUGUUUGUUCUAUAUAUGUUCUAUGUAAGUUCUAGUGAUUUUCAUUAAAACUAUGAAGAAAGCAAUAAAUGUAUGGAAUUGCAAUAAUUCCCCAAAUUUUUCGAGAUUUGAGUUAGUUCAAUGGGUCAAUGACACACUUUUAUCAACAAAUAUCUCCAAAGUCGAAGAAAUGUCAAAGGGAUAUCAUUAUUGCCAAAUGUUUGACCAAAUCUUUCCUGGGGUUAUUAAUAUGAACAAAGUCAAAUUUUCUACUGAGCUGGCACGGGACCAUAUAGGCAAUUUUAAAUUAUUGCAAAAAGCAUUCAUAAGUGCUGACAUCACAAAAGAACUAAAAAUUGAAGACUUGAUAAUAGGACGUUUCAAAAACAACUUUGCAUUACUAGUUUGGUUUAGAAAAUUCUACGAUAUUAAUAAAGGUAAAAAUUUGAAUUAUAAUACAGUUGAAAAGUGUGAUUCCUGUUUAGAAUUUAGUGAAAAUCUAAAUGAGAAAAAUUUGGUAUCAAAGUCAAUAUCGACGCAAUCUUUUACAGUGGUCAUGUAUAAAAAAACAGGUAAGGAAGAGAAUACCUUAUCCUAUUCCCUAAUACUUGAUGAAAAUCAGAAUAAAAUGGAGACCAAUAAUAAUUCUGCAUCGAAUUCGAUAUCGAGCCACAAUUUUACAGUGCUUGUGGGUAAAAAAUUAAAUGAAGAAGUGAAUACCUUACCCAGUGCUCUAACACUUGAUGAAAAUUAUAGCAAAAUGGAGAACAAUAAUUCAAUAUCGAGUCAAAUUUUUACAGUAGUAGUAAAAUUAUUACUUGAUAAUAAUCAGAACAAAAUGGAGACUAACAACAACUUGGCCUCAAAGUCAAUAUCAAGCCAUACUUUUACAGUACUCGUCACUAAGAAAUCUAGGAAAGAACUCAAUAUAUUAUCUUACUUCAUUGAAUGUGAAGAACCUAGUUCUGUUAUGGAGUCAAUGGAAGAUAGUACCGUGUAAGCAAUUGCGCCAUUAAAUUUGUGUUACAGAAAUUGUUGUUACCCAUGAUUAUGCUCAGAAAAGAUUCUACAGAAAAAUAGCGAGUAUUCAUAGCUUGUGGCAUAUAUAUGUAGACGCAAAAAUUUAUUCUAUAUGGAUAAUCUGGAUUGACAAACAAAUUCAUUGUGGAUAACAGAGUAAAAUUCAUGUAAUUAUUUCGGCAGCUAAAUUUUUUCUUACUAAUAAUGAAUUCAUACGAUAUCAGUAUCAUAACCAAGUUUUAAGUUUUUGAUAAGA